AUGUUUUCACAAUAUCCCGAGGGAAAAGAGAAUAGUGCUAGUGCAGCACCGGAGGAGAUGAGCGUGUCGGGUCUACAAGCGCGUAUACCGGGGUUUAUCCCGGAAGAUCUAGAAUUUUGGCUGGCCCAGGUCGAGGCCCGCUUUAAGCUUGCUAGGGUAACCAAUCAAUUAACCAACUUCACUCAGUUAGUUGGUUACCUUCCUAGGUCUAUGACCCCAGGGCUACGUGACAUUUUCUGUAACCCACCCCCAGACCGACCUUACGACGCCCUUCGCGAUGCGAUUAUGGGCAAAUUCGGUACGCCCGUAGAUUUUCGCCUUGAACAACUUCUAGGUGGCCUGUGUCUUGGAGACAACGGCCUCGAUACUCCAACAAAACUCUUAAGUUACAUGCAGAGCCAGGCCGCAAGCCUGAACGUUGAUAAGAAUAUUCUCCGGUUGUCCUGGUUACAAGCUCUACCAAAGAGCUUGUCGUCGAUCUUGCAGUAUUUCGGACAAUGGUAUACGUUAAUGGAACUCGCCAAAAUGGCUGACAGGGUGUAUGCCGACCAAUUGUCAGUCCAAUCCCUCACCCGACCAGCGCACCCACCACCCUCCUCCGACAACGCCAAACUUGUAGCUUGCGUAAAGGCGUUAGUCGCGCAGGUUCAGGCGUUAACCUUAUUACGCCACCGACCCCGCAAAGGACGUCGCACGCGCUACAACCAUUGGAGCCACCGCCCCCGGCGCCCACGAUCUCGAUCACCGUCGAACGGGAUUUACUGGUAUCACCGUCGAUACGGUGACGCCGCAAAGAGGUGUCUCACACAGUACACUUACACUCCCAUGUCGGGAAACUAG